AUGCCUGAGCCCCAGUGGUCUAACGCGUGCCCACCUCGUAGGGGUGACUUCCGCUGUGAUAAGUGGAUUUUGCCAGUACCAGAACUCACUGUGGAAGAGAGCAAGUACCACCUACUGAGUUCACACUCCGACAACGCUCGUGGACUUAGAAGCUCAAAACGCAAUGAUCCCAUUGAACUACCAGUUCUCAGCCCGAAUAGUCUAGCCCAUCCACACUACAAAGUUCUCAUCUCAAGACGUGCACACGAGGAACUGGAAACAGUUUAUAUGAUAAGGCACGACCCGGUGCAUUACCAGCGUCGCUACCUGGUUUGGUUCGGCAUUGACUUGGAUGGAUUUGGAUCAAUCGACACCCCAGAGAAGUUUUUCCAGGUGCUAGACUUGGCACUUGCGUCCAAGAAGAUAAUCGUGCAGGAUAACAUACCGCUCGAAGGACCUCUCGUGCCUAAGCGUAUCCUAUGGAUGGCUAUGCAUGGGUAUUUUGGGAAUUGGUAUAAGCCAGAAGAAAGGGGAUGGACAAUUUUAGCUGCAAAUAUGCACGCGCGUAUCCUCAGAAAGCUUUGGGAGCGUGGCGAUCUGCGGCUUGUGAAUGAACGCGUCCCUAAAGACACGGCCAUACCAUCUGCAUCGAGUCGUGAAAUCGUCACAUGUCUGCAGCUUGAUAGUGACUGCCGCCGCCCAAUGGAAAAGUGGUUAGUUUUUCCAGAGGUUCUCAAGGAGAAAUAUAAAUUGACGGUGAAGGAAAAGGAAGGUCAGGUGCAUGGUUGUGUCAAUUCUUAG